CCGCGACACUGAAAACACACCAAGAUCAAGGUCUUUAGCAGCCAGAUUCCAAUGUCAACACGCUAAUGGCCUCACAUUACAUUACUACAUUUUCGUAACGAAUACGCGAUCACAAGUCACGUACACAGCCUAUUAGCCGCUCACCUCGUCAAGCGUGCCCUUACACGCCACUCGGCGUUCGCAUUAACAACUCCUUAUCAUUAUCAAACAGCUAUACACAAUUCGCGACUGUCGCAUCACAAUCGUUUCCCAGUCUCAGUGAAGUGCGCACGUGAAACGUGAAGCUAGUGAGUUGGUCGAAUGCGGUAGCGUCAGCGAUGGAGAGUGCGGUCCACGCGGCAGUGCCGCUGCGGGUGGGGAAGAAGAUGCGGAAGCGGCGCGAGCUGGACGCGCUGGUGGGCGGGGGCGGGGGCCGGGGCGGGCGGCUGCUGUCGGCCUCCAGUGAUGAGGGGGAGCCGUGGGCGCGCCGCAGCUGCCGCCGCCGCCGGUCGAGGCCCUUCGUCCGGCUGGCGGCGGCGCUGGCGCUGUGUGUGUGCGUCGUGUCGGCCGCGACCGUGCUCUGGCUGUUUGUCGAUGUGAGGCGCCAGAUCGUGUCGCUCAGGAUCGAGAUGGAUAGAGUGUCAACAAGCAGCGACGGCGUCGGUGACGCCCUCCAACUCUGCCACACAGCAGCCAAAGAACUCCGAGCGAACGCAAGCGAACUGAGCGUCCGGCUCGCUCGGCUGGAACUGGAGCACUCGGAGCUGGCCAAGCGAGUCGAGCAAGCGUCGAGCGAGCUGUCGCAGGUGUCGGAGCAGCUGUCCGCGGCGCCCAAGCUCGCUGACACGCCGAGACGCUUAGCUGAGCUGCAGAGGAAUGUCGCUGACUUCGGUUCGCAGAUCAACGGCUUCGACAGCGCGCUAAAGUCAGCGCACAAGCUCGCACUAACCGCCACAUCAGGGGUCGACGAGGUCCGCACCAGUCUCCACGACCUGGAGGCUCGCACCAACGAGACUAUCGCCAAUGUGACGGCUACUGCCAAGCGGACGGGAGAACUUGAGGUGCAGAUAGGCGCUGUCAAUGCGACUGUCAAUGCGAGAGUGCAGGAGUUCCAGACGAGGUUGGAGGCUGCUACGCGCACGACGAGCACAGUGGCGCCGACGGCCGCGCCCUCCACCACGCAGGUGACCAGUGGCGCCCCCACCACAAGCAGCACCACCACCGCCGCGCCGCCGCCAGGGCCGCCGGUCAAACCGAACAUACUUCAGUGAAGGAACUUCCUGACCAAUGGUGGAAUAAAUUGUAAGGGAUUGCUCAGAAACUUUGAUCUCAAAACCAGCACAUGACGUCCACACGACAAAUACCUGCCAAUGUAGUUGUACCCCUUGUUUUGAGAGAAAAGUCGAAAACGAACCCUCCAAAGAAGUAUAAUAAGAGUGAGUUUUGAACGAUUCAACGUGCUAAGUCAACGACUCGGCCAUAUUUUGUGCGUAGUGUUUCGAGUAUAGUUUGGCCUUAAUAAGUAUAAAGUGAUUACUUUAAAUUAGGUACUUGUUAAGUUGCAAUACUGUGCGGUGGAGUGAGAACUCAAAAUACCAAUGUAAAUAAGUAUUUGAAUAAAUUUAGACUUUAUACACGAAACAUAGGAUGUGCGAGUGUUUAGUUUUGUUUGAAGAAGGAGUGACCGCACUUUGCGACCUCGUGUUGAUACGACGGAGUGUGUUUAAUUAUAAAAUAAAUUAUUGUUAAUAGA